GGAUUCACCGGAAACAAGCACAGCUCAUAUGUUUCACAAUCCCAAAACUCAGCCAGCCAUCUUUUGUGAAAAAUCAUUUUUUUCGUGUCGUCAGGGUAAAUUUCAUAAUUGUAAUUAAUGUCAGAGCCACAGUCUUCGCUGUUGUUAAAAAAGCAACUAGCAGAAUUAAACAAAAAUCCAGUGGAAGGUUUUUCUGCUGGUCUGAUAGAUGACAAUGACAUAUAUAGAUGGGAAGUCCUCAUUAUUGGCCCACCAGACACACUGUAUGAGGGUGGAUUCUUCAAAGCACACUUAUAUUUUCCUAAAGAAUACCCUUUGAGACCUCCGCGAAUGAAAUUUGUAACUGAAAUUUGGCAUCCAAAUAUUGAAAAGAAUGGUGACGUCUGCAUUUCAAUAUUGCAUGAGCCUGGAGAUGAUAAAUGGGGCUAUGAGAAAGCAUCAGAGCGGUGGCUUCCAGUACACACUGUUGAAACAAUCUUAAUUAGUGUUAUUUCAAUGUUGGCUGACCCUAAUGAUGAAAGUCCUGCUAAUGUAGAUGCAGCGAAAGAAUGGCGAGAGUCAUAUUUGGAGUUUAAAAGAAAAGUAGCACAAUGUGUGAGAAAAAGUCAAGAGGAUUGUUCCUAAAUAGUGCCCUUUUUCAUUGCUUAGUUUGGAUAGUGAGUGAUUUGUGAUGCAUCCAAGCAUUGUUGUGACUCAUGGUUAUACAAUUUAAAAUGCCCUCCCAACUGGGCCAGAGACAAUAUUGAAUUUAAAUGAAAUACUUAUUAUAAUAAAAAGGUAUCGCUGCCGUAUUUUAAAGAUUAAAUUGAAAGUAGAAGUCAAGAUCUUUUUCAUCUUUUUUAAGACAGUUUAGGUAGCUAUGUUAUAUGAAUAAAAUGUGUACCAUAACUUUUUUAUAGAAAGCAAUUAAUACAAAUAUUUUAUUCAAAAGGCACUCUGAAAAUUCAAGUGAGAUUUCUUUGUAGAUAAAAUCUAAUUGCUAUCUUAAACUAUUUUUUACACAUAUUGUCUGUAAAUUUGAGUUACCUAAAGUGACCAGUUGUCAUAAUUGAUUAAACAACUGAUUGAGUUUAGUUUAUUUCUUAGAAUUAAUUUUUAGUGAAUUGUUGCUAUUUUGAUUUUUGUAAAACAUUAUUUGCACCUUGCCCCAAUAAUAUAUUGCACAUGUUCACAGAACAAGGGACUUCAUCUAGUUUAUCAAAAAUCUAAUAGACGCUUUAAAAGAUAAAAUUAAGAAUGUAAUACACUUAUAACAAUUGCUUCUCUAAAUUAAGGACAGAAUUAAUGCAAGAAAUGUAACAAUUUUUAAAUUGGGCUUUAUAAGAAUAAUGUUUAAUGUAUCAACAUUUUUAGGGUUAAAAUAAUUAUUUUGUAUUUAAUUUUCUGUGGUAAAUGAUUAUAAUAUACAUAAUGUCUUAAAUAGAAAUGGUUCCUGUGACAAUGAUCAAAAUAUAGCAAUACAUAAAAAUAAAUUUUGUUAUGUAUAUAAACUGCAUGACAACACCCUUAAAAUAUUGAUUUGUAAGGUGUGUACAAUAUUUGCUCUGUAUGUAUAUUUUUUAAUAUAAAAUCAUAAUGCAGUGUAA